AGGAGUGUUCGCUGCUUCCUGUUUUCUGCGUCUCGUAGGGGAAGCACAUCCUAUCCAGCGAGACGGGAACGAGGUCGGGUCAGGUUGACCCCUUGAAUAGAAGCUGCUCCUGGAAAAAUCUAAAAGUCCCACAACAAUGGAACUCAUGUUAAAGUUGGAUCAAACUCUCCUCUCCUUGGGCCUCCCGAGUGGCGCAGCGGUCUAAGGCACUGCAGUGCCCGAGCUGUAUCGCAGCCGGCCGCGACCGGGAGACCCCAUGAGGCGACGCGCAAUUGGCCCAGCGUCGUCCGGGUUAGGGGAGGGUUUGGCUGGCUGGGAUGUCCUUGUCGCAUCGCGCUCUAGUGACUCCUGUGGCGGGCUGGGCGCAUGCACGCUGACACGGUCGCCAGUUGGACGGUGUUUCAGAGGAUGCAUGGCUCUCGACCUUCACCUCUCCCGUGUCUGUAGGGGAGUUGCAGUGAUGGGACAAGACUAACUACCAAUUGGGGAGAAAAGAGGGUAUAGAAUAACAUAUAUUAUUUUUUAAAUAAACAACUCUCCUUUCCUUAAUCCCAGAGGAAGUAGUUGAUCCAGGUUAAACCCACUACUGGACUGAAAACACUGGGUUAGUGUUUCUGUCUGAAAUGGGUCUGAUUCCAAUCAGAAAACAUAUCCCCUUCCUUCAUUCCUUGACACUAAUCUUUGUGGGUCUGAAAGGACAUGAAAGGACCAGGUGUGAUAUGGUAAUAUGGAGUCAUUACUGUGAUCAUUACUAUCAACAACUUGAUCAGUCAAUGCAUAUGGUCAGUCAUUAGAAAUGGUCAGUUGCGUACUGGUUUUAUGGUCACUCAUUUUCUGUUAAUUUCUUGUGUUCUGCAGGCCUGAGAUUCUGUGGCCAGCCAUGCCUGUCCCUCCUCCCCCUCCUCUUGCACCCCCUCCACCUCCACCACCCUGUGCUGCUCCCCCACCACAGGUAAGAUAUACACACACCCACUUUGUGUCAACCACCUGGCUGUUAUUUGCAUUAUUAAUUAGAGGUACAGUUACAAGCACACAAACACACACUAGGGUAGAGAACGGACACAGUAGGACGGCAGUGUCAUGUUUCCAGAAUAAGCUCUGUGUUCUCAUGUUAAAUUAGUUUCCUUUGAUGGCUGGCAAAGCAUGUCUAUAUAGGUCAGUGUGUCUAUCUGUCACGUUCGUUUAAGGACGGGUCAGACCAAGGCGCAGCGUGAAAGCCAUACAUGUUUAUUUCACCGAUAAACACACGAACAAAAACAACAAACCAAUGAAACGUGAAGUCCUGAGGCUAAACACAAUACAAGCCUCUAAACACGGAACAAGAUCCCACAACACAGGCAGGAAAACUGGCUGCCUAAGUAUGAUCCCCAAUCAGAGACAACGAGCGACAGCUGUCUCUGAUUGGGGAUCACACCUGGCCAAACAUAGACAUACAAUCCUAGAAUGAAAACCAUAGAAAACACAACAUUGAACACCACACCCUGACUCAUCAUACCAGAGUCCCAUAAGUCAGGGCGUGACACUAUCUAUAUAGGUCAGUGUGUCUAUCUAUAUAGGUCAGUGUGUCUAUCUAUAUAGGUCAGUGUGUCUAUCUAUUUAGGUCAGUGUGUCUAUCUAUUUAGGUCAGUGUGUCUAUCUAUAUAGGUCAGUGUGUCUAUCUAUAUAGGUCAGUGUGUCUAUCUAUAUAGGUCAGUGUGUCUAUCUAUAUAGGUCAGUGUGUCUAUCUAUAUAGGUCAGUGUGUCUAUCUAUAUAGGUCAGUGUGUCAAUCUCUGACCUGGUGACAGUUUGAUACUGUGUAUUCCACACACUGACAAAGAUAUGUGCCUUAUAAUGUACUUGCUAAGGCCAAGUGUUUUCCUGAGAACAUGACCUGACCAGGACAAUUUUAUGUCUCUCGAAUUUAUGUCUCGUUCUCUCUCAGAGGAGAAAAGAGACGAGAGAGCGAGAGAAGAGAGCGGCGAGUCGAGAGGAUACGCGAUAAGCUCUAGAGAUAGUCUCUCGAGAUCUCUAGCGCAUCUCUAGUCUCCUCAGUAUCUAGCGCUCGUCGCGAGCUCUCUCUCUCUCUCCUCUCGCUCCUUCUCUCUCUUCUCUCUCUCUCUCUCUUCUCUCUCUUCUCUCAAUUUCAAUCAUUUUUUAAUUCAAUUCAAUUUAAGGGCUUUAUUGGCAUGGGAAACGUGUGUUAACAUUGCCAAAGCAAGUGAAGUAAAUAGUAAACAAAAGUGAAAUAAACAAUAAAUAUUAACAGUAAACAUUACACUCAGAAGUUCCAAAAGAAUAAAGACAUUUCAAAUGUCAAAUUAUGUAUAUAUACAGUGUUGUAACAAUGUGCAAAUAGUUAAAGUACAAAUGGGAAAAUAAAUAAACAUAAAUAUGGGUUGUAUUUACAAUGGUGUUUGUUCUUCACUGGUUGCCCUUUUCUUGUGGCAACAGGUCACAAAUCUUGCAGCUGUGAUGGCACACUGUGGUUUUUCACCCAGUAGAUAAGGGAGUUUAUCAAAAUUGGGUUUGUUUUCGAAUUCUUUGUGGAUCGCUGUAAUCUGAGGGAAAUAUGUGUCUCUAAUAUGGUCAUACAUUUGGCAGGAGGUUAGGAAGUGCAGCUCAGUUUCCACCUCAUUUUGUGGGCAGUGUGCACAUAGCCUGUCUUCUCUUGAGAGCCAGGUCUGCCUACGGCGGCCUUUCUCAAUAGCAAGGCUAUGCUCACUGAGUCUGUACAUAGUCAAAGCUUUCCUUAAGUUUGGGUCAGGCACAGUGGUCAGGUAUUCUGCCACUGUGUACUCUCUGUUUAGGGCCAAAUAGCAUUCUAGUUUGCUCUGUUUUUUUGUUUGUUCUUUCCAAUGUGUCAAGUAAUUAUCUUUUUGUUUUCUUAUGAUUUGGUUGGGUCUAAUUGUGUUGCCGUCCUGGGGCUCUGUGGGGUCUGUUUGUGUUUGUGAACAGAGCCCCAGGACCAGCUUGCUUUGGGGACUCUUCUCCAAGUUCAUCUCUUUGUAGGUGAUGGCUUUGUUACGGAAGGUUUGGGAAUCGCUUCCUUUUAAGUGGUUAUAGAAUUUAACGGCUCUUUUCUGGAUUUUGAUAAUUACCGGGUAUCGGCCUAAUUCUGCUCUGCAUGCAUUAUUUGGUGUUUUUCGUUGUACACAGAGGAUAUUUUUGCAGAAUUCUGCAUGCAGAGUCUCAAUUUGGUGUUUGUCCCAUUUUGUGAAUUCUUGGUUGGUGAGCGGACCCCAGACCUCACAACCAUAAAGGGCAAUGGGUUCUAUAAUUGAUUCAAGUAUUUUUGGCCAGAUCCUAAUUGGUAUGUCAAAUUUUAUGUUCCUUUUGAUGGCAUAGAAGGCCCUUCUUGCCUUGUCUCUCAGAUCGUUCACAGCUUUGUGGAAGUUACCUGUGGCGCUGAUGUUUAGGCCGAGGUAUGUAUAGUUUUUUGUGUGCUCUAGGGCAACGGUGUCUAGUAUGGGUAGUCAAUGGUGUUUUGAAUGUGGGGAUGUUUGCCAUAAGCGACAUGCUUGCCCGAAAAGGGAGAAGGCGGAGGGAGGGGCGCAGGUGGUCCUCAUAAUGCCUGGGCCCACUGAUGUAGGGAGAGGUGGGCCGACAGUGGUAGAGCAGCCACAAGCACCUGUUGCUGAGGAACAAGUUGUUUGUGUUGAGGGUGCUGAGUUGCAGCUUGACCCAGAGGGGAUCAUAGCGUCUGAUGUGCAGCAGAAAAAUAUUGUUGUAGGAGGUAAGGACGGAUCUGAGGAGCCAUUUCCUCAGACUGGUGAGGAGAUGCCCAGUACGAGUGAUGGGUACAGGAGGGGGUUCAGGUGGAGCUAGUCUCCCAGGUAGUGGAGGAGAUGCCCGGUACGAGUGAUGGGGUUCAGGUGGAGCUAGUCUCCCAGGUAGUGGAGGAGAUGCCCGGUACGAGUGAUGGGGUUCAGGUGGAGCUAGUCUCCCAGGUAGUGGAGGAGAUGCCCGGUACUAGUGAUGGGGGUGCGAGUGGGGAGUGUUGAGAGGGAUGUGGCAGAGGGGAGUCAGGGGUCUGUGGCCUCAGUUGAGGAGGAUCAGGAGAAGGAUAUGGACAUUUCUGAUAUCCCUGUUGAUAUGAUAGCACCUGGUGACGACUCUAUCUAGAUAAAGGUAAAUGGGUUCUUGGACCAGACUUUUGGGGAAAUCUGUUAAAUUAAAUUGGCAGAUUUUUUUUUUUAUGUUGAUAAGUUUGUGAGGUCAGCUGUGGUGUUACAGAAGAUGGUGGGGUUAGACCAGUUGAGUGUGAAGAAGCGUCUUCCGCUUGAGGAAAUGUUACUGCUAUCACGGCAGCAAAGGGUGGUGGGAAGCAUGGUAAGGUUAAGAGAAAAUUAAAACAAUGAUGAUUAUCAUGCCUCAUAGGGUGCUUUUUUCUCUUUGUCUGGUUUCUCAGUGGUUUCUUCUGUUUUUCCUUUCUCUUUUCUAUAUGGACGUACUAAGGGUAGGUUCUCUCAAUGUUAAUGGAGAAAGGGACAGGAAUAAGAGGGCUUGGAUAUUAGAAGUAAUAAAACAGAAAAGGCUUAAUGUAGUUUUUCUACAGGAGACACAUAGUGAUGAGGAAAAUGAGGUUGACUGGGGUAUGUGGUGGGAGGGGCAGCAUAUACUCAGUCAUGGUACUAAUUUCAGUGCUGGGGUGGCAAUUUUGUUUUCCUCAGGCUUAGGGGUGACUGUGGUAUCUACAACAGAGAUUGUCAAGGGUUGGGAUUUAUUGGUCAAGGUGGAUGUUAUGUUUUUUUUAUUUUUAUGUUUAUGCUCCUAAUGAGGGUACAAAGCGUAUUGCUGUAUUUGAUCAAAUAAAGGAAACCUUAAGACAGUGUGACCAAGAGGGGUGUAUGGUUUUAGGGGGGGACCGGAACUGUACAGAGACAAUACAGUCGUGGUCAAAAGUUUUGAGAAUGACACAAGUAUUGGUCUUCACAAAGUUUGCUGCUUCAGUAUUUUUAGAUAUUUUUGUCAGAUGUUACUAUGGUAUACUGAAGUAUAAUUACAAGCAUUCCAUAAGUGUCAACGGCUUUUAUUGACAAUUACAUUAAGUUUAUGCAAAGAGUCAAUAUUUGCAGUGUUGACCCUUCUUUUUCAAGACCUCUGCAAUCCACCCUGGCAUGCUGUCAAUUAACUUCUGGGCGACAUCCUGACUGAUGGCAGCCCAUUCUUGCGUAAUCAAUGCUUGGAGUUUGUCCGAAUUUGUGGGGUUUUGUUUGUCCACCCGCCUCUUGAGGAUUGACCACAAGUUCUCAAUGGGAUUAAGGUCUGGGGAGUUUCCUGGCCAUGGACCCAACAUUUCGAUGUUUUGUUUCCCGAUCCACUUAGUUAUCACUUUUGCAUUAUUGCAAGGUGCUCCAUCAUGCUGUAAAAGGCAUUGUUCGUCACCAAACUGUUCUUGGAUGGUUGGGAGAAGUUGCUCUCGGAGGAUGUGUUGGUACCAUUCUUUAUUCAUGGCUGUGUUCUUAGGCAAAAUUGUGAGUGAGCCCACUCCCUUGGCAGCAAACCCCACACAUGAAUGGUCUCAGGAUGCUUUACUGUUGGCAUGACACAGGACUGAUGGUAGCGCUCACCUUGUCUUUUCCGGACAAGGUGUUUUUCCGGAUGCCCCAAACAAUCGGAAAGGGGAUUCAUCAGAGAAAAUGACUUUACCCCAGUCCUCAGCAGUCCAAUCCCUGUGCCUUCUGCACAAUAUCAGUCUGUCCCUGAUGUUUUUCCUGGAGAGAAGUGGAUUCCUCGCUGCCCUUCUUGACACCAGGCCAUCCUCUAAAAGUCUUCGCCUCACUGUUCGUGAAGAUGCACUCACACCUGCCUGCUGCCAUUCCUGAGCAAGCUCUGCACUGGUGGUGCCCCGAUCCCGCAGCUGAAUCAACUUUAGGAGAGGGUCACGGCGCUUGCUGGACUUGCUUGGGCACCCUGAAGCCUUCUUCCAAACAAUUGAACCUCUCUUCUUGAAUUUCUUGAUGAUCCGAUAAAUGGUUGAUUUAGGUGCAAUCUUACUAGCAGCAAUAUCCUUGCCUGUGAAGCCCUUUUUGUACAAAGCAAUGAUGACGGCACGGGUUAUUAAAUGGAAUUUUGAGUCCUUGAGACGUGUGUUUUGUCAACAGUAUACUGCUCUGCUUAACUAUUGAAGUUAAAGAGACUAUCAGGGCCCUUGAACAGGACAUCAAAUCUAUUGAAUUGAAGUUGCUCACUCAGAAUGACCCCAGACUAGACAUGAACUUACAGGACAAGAGACAUGAACUGAGGUCGUUUUUACAGGAAAGAGUGAAGGGUGCCUUGAUUAGGUCUCGCUUUGCUUCCCUCAAAGAUAUGGGUGCUCCUAAAGCUUCUUUUUUUUUAACCUAGGGCUGUCGACAUGGCAACACAAACAGUUGGUCUGCCUUCGUCUCCCUGAUGGGAAGGUGACCACGGAUGACGGUGAGAUGCGCCAACAUGCCGUGGAUUUCUACUCUGCCCUCUAUAAGGCGGAGGAUUGCGAUCCUCUGUGUGCUGAACAGUUGUUAAAUGGACUUCCUCAAUUGGGCCCUGAGCAGAGAGCUGCUUUGGACUCUGGCAUUACUCUGCAGGAGCUGUCCACUGCAGUUACGCAGCUCUCAUCAGGCCGAGCCCCUGGCAUCGAUGGUUUACCAUCUGAGUUUUAUAAGCACUUUUGGGGGUCUAUUGGGGGGGAUUUUUUAUGAAGUGGUGUGUGAAUAUUUUCAUGAGGGUUCUCUUCCUGUAUCCUGUCAACGUGCUGUGCUUUCAUUGUUGCCAAAAAAGGGGGAUUUGGCUCUUUAAAAAAAACUGUUGCAUUGCUGUGUGCAGACUAUAAAAUGAUAUCUAAGUGUCUCUCAAACAGGUUGAAAGAAUAUCUGGGGCUGUUGGUCCACAAGGACCAGUCUUACUGUGUACCUGAACGCUCUAUUGUUGAUAACUCAUUUCUAAUAUCAGGAGAAGGCUUUUGACCGUGUGGACCACCAGUACUUGUUCAAAACAAUGAAAGCCUUUGGGUUUGGGGAUGUUUUUUUUUGUCUUGGAUCAGUUUACUGUAUGCUGGGGCCUCAUGGAUGGUGAAGGUGGGGGGUGGUUUGAGCUGCCCCAUCCCCGUCCAUAGGGGUAUUAGGCAAGGAUGCCCAAUUUCAGGACAGUUAUAUUGUCUGGCAAUUGAACCAAUGCUUUGUUUUUUAAGAGCGAGGCUUACUGGUUUCUCUGUGCCAGGGGUUAUGAAGGGUCCCACGAUAGCACUGUCUGCGUAUGCAGAUGACGUGGCAGUUUUUAUUACAGGGGGUGAGGAUGUUGAGGAUGUUAAGGUUCUCAAACACUUUAAAGGUGUAUGAAGGGGCCUACUCAGCUAGAGUUAAUUGGGGAAAGAGUGAAUCGCUGUGGGCAGGUCAGCUUCAGACAGGGUCCGCUCCACGGUUACCGGGAGAAGGUGUGUGCCAGAUUGUCUAGGUGGAAAUGGGUGCUACCCCAGCUGUCUUAUAGGGGAAGGGUGCUGGUAGACAAUAACCUAGAUACAAGAGCUUCAGAGGACCCUUGUCAAUUUCUUCUGGUCUGGACAACAUUGGAUUAAAGCUGCAGCCCUGUACCUGCCACUGCACGAGGGUGGGCAAGGCCUGGUGGACAUUUCUUCCAGGAUCAUGGCUUUCCGGCUUCAAGCAGCCCAGAGACUGUUGUACAGUGACGGUUCUAGCUGGGUUGACACAGCCUACACAUUGAUGAGGAGAGCGGGCUGUUUGGGCUUAGACAAGCACCUUUUCCUCUUAAAGCUAGAGGGGGGUGAUUUGUCUGCCCUGACUCCAUUCUAUGAGUCUGUUAUGCUGCUUGGAGAGUUUUCGACAUGUCCCGUAAUGCCGGCACAGCACCAGGGAUGUAGCUUUUUGAAGAGCCCCUUUUUUAUAACACUGUCAUCCAGUCCCGUGCUGUGGGUUCAGCCAGCCUACGUUUAUGCCUGUUAGGAGUGGGGCGUACCAAGCUGGGUCAUCUGAUGCGGAGCAGGAGCAGAUCGUUGGAGGAGCUGGGAGAAAGAGCGGGGAUCCAAUCAUCUCGCCUACUGAGGAAGGUCGUAGCUGAGGUCUGCGAUUCCUUGCCAGUACUUCAUCGGCAGUAUGUUACUGAUACUUCCAAUUCUGAUCGGUGGACGGAGUGUCUGGAUUAUGUGUUCCCUGCACUGAAUGUUAGUGCUGUGGCGGGGGCGUUCGAGGAGAACGUGGGGAUGCUGCUUUCCUUCGAUACCCCGGAGCUGGGGGAGUUCAAGGAGGUGGGAAAGAAGGCCAUGUACAAAACUGUGUAAAGGUGUCUCGUGCUUCUUCCCUGGAAGGGGUAAAAUCGUUGAGGUGGGCGUGUGCGUUUGGUCCAGGUGCCUCCCCAAAAGGCUGUUGGCGGUCUUUAUAUAAACUGCUUAUUGAUAAGAGGACAGCUGACCUCCAAUGGAGGAUAAUACAUGGAGCCAUAGCCACCAACAUGCAUCUGGUACACCUGGAUCUUACUGUUGGGGAGGGGUGUCCAUUCUGUGCUGAGUCUGAACCUCUGGCACAUCUAUUCUUACAGUGACCCAGGUUGGUCGGGAUGAUUGACCUGAUCACUAAUUGGUUCUCAGCUCUGGGAGAGGUUUUCUCUUUCCAACUGUUUAUAUUUGGGCCAAAGUACAGGUUCAGUCGAAGGGGUGUAGUUCUCUUACUUAGCUUUCUGUCAGGGGCAGCUAAAUUAGCAAUUUGGAAGACACAAAAGAACAGUAUUCGGGGACAGGGGUCUGUGGAUGUGGUGGGAAUGCUGGAGGGGAUGUUGGCAGCGAGACUGAGGGUUGAGUUUGUUUAUUACAAAAUGGUUAAUAACAUUGGCCUGUUUAUGAGUAUAUGGGGCAUUCAGAGGCUGCUGUGUUUAGUUACUGUGGAGGAAGAUUUGGUGUUGUGUCUUUUAAUUGAUGUUUAACCAUGUUUUUUAUGGAGGACUAAAAGUGCCACAAUUAAAUAAAUAAAUACACCAUUAAAUAAUUACUUAAAUGUGUCAUUAAUUAAUUAAAAUUAGAAUUAAAUACAUAAAUGUGUUAUUAAAUGUGUCAUUAAUUAAUUCAAAUACCGAUUCAUUUUAUGUAAAAUACAUAUAUAAUAAUUUCACUAUUUACAUUUACAUUUCAUGGUCCUGCGUUGGAGUGCUUCCUGAAUUACUUAAAACUGUCAAACUGACCCAUCAAAAGUUGGUAGGCGGAACCUAACGCCUGAUUAGUUACCCUCUACAUCAAGCCAAAACAAAUCAAUUCCGGAUAAUGUCAGCAGGUCCUGCUUCUACAUCCUCUGCUAAGUUUAAAAUGUCUCUAACCAACUCCCUGGAAAGUUCACGGAGAUCCUCCAUUGUCUCUAUCCAGGUUGGCCUACUCUACUUCAGACCAAAGCAAUGGAUCAGACUAGAUUCGCGUUAGCCCCGCCCACUGACUUUGAUGGGUCAGUUUGACAGUUUUAAGUAAUUCAUGAAUCACUGCAAUGCAGGAUCAUGAAAUGUAAAUGUAAAUAGUGAAAUAAUUAUAUAUGUAUUUUACAUAAAAUGAAUCGGUAUUUGAAUUAAUUAAUGAUACAUUUAAUUACACAUUUAUGUAUUUAAUUCUAAUUUUAAUUAAUUAAUGACACAUUUAAGUAAUUAUUUUUUGGUGUAUUUAUUUAUUUAAUUGUGGCACUUUUAGUCCUCCAUAGUUUUUGUUUGCUUGAGUGUUUAUUGUGUUGUGGGUUCCCAGACCCAAUAACGUUUAAAAAAAAAAAACUCUUAAACUCUCUAUCGCUCUCUUUCUCUCUCCUAGUCUCGGCCAGACCCUCCUAGUCUCCAGAGUAUUAGUGUUGGAGGAGGAAGAGGAGGGAGGAACGCCCUGUUAGAAGAUAUCCAGAAAGGAGCCAGGUUAAGGAAGGUUGUACAGGUCCAUGACCGUAGCGCACCAGUUGUCGACAGUGAGUACACACACACACACACACACACACACACACACACACACACACACACACACACACACACACACCGUCACCCGCUUACCUUCCCUUUUGUCUCCCCAAACAUCCCCUAAAAAAAAUCCCUUUUGACCUCUUUUAAACCAAUCCCCAAUUGACAUAGCUGAGAGAGAGUCCACGGGACACAGAUAGAGAAGGUAUUUCAGCUUGUGUCUGAGUUUCACUGUUAAAUGAUUCUCACAUGGGACUGCUCUCUGUGACUCACUGUCAUGGGGAACAAAAUGAGACUGGGAGAGAAAGAGAGAAUGUGUGUUUGUUUGGGAUAGGGAGAGAGAGAGAGGAAGGGAAUCGUAGAGAGGGGGAGAGGAAGGGAAUGGAAUCGUAGAGAGGGGGAGAGAGAAAGGAAUGGAAUCGUAGAAAGGGGAGAGAAAGAAAGGAAGGGAAUCGUAGAGAGGGGGAGAGAGAGAGAGGAAUGGAAUCGUAGAGAGAGAGAGGGAGAGAGGAAUGGAAUCGUAGAGAGGGGAGAGAGAGAGAGGAAUGGAAUCGUAGAGGGGGGAGAGAGAGAGAGGAAUGGAAUCGUAGAGAGGGGAGAGGGAGAAAGGAAUGGAAUCGUAGAGAGGGGGAGAGAGAAAGAGGAAGGGAAUCGUAGAGGGGGGAGAGAGAGAAAGGAAUGGAAUCGUAGAGAGGGGAGAGAAAGAGGAAGGGAAUCGUAGAGGGGGGGAGAGGAAUUAGAGGGGAAGAGGAAGAGGAAGGGAAUCGUAGAGAGGGGGAGAGGAGAGAGAGGAAGGGAAUCGUAGGGGGGAGAGGAAGGAUCGAGAGAGAGAGAGAGGGGAGGAGGAAUAUAGAGGGGGGAGAGAGAGAGGAAGGGAAUCGUAGAGGGGGGGAGAGAGAGAGAGGAAGGGAAUCGUAGAGAGGGGGAGAGGAGAGAAAGGAAGGAAGGGAAUGUAGAGAGGGGGAGAGAGAGAGAGGAAGGAAGGAAUCGUAGAGAGGGGGAGAGAGAGAAGGAAUGGAAUCGUAGAGAGGAGGGAGGAGGGGAGAAGGAAUGGAAUGGAAAUCGUAGAGAGGGGGAGGAGAAGGGAGGAAGGGAAUCGUUAGAGAGGGGGGGAGGAGGAAUCGUAGAGAGGAGAGAGGAAGAAUCGUAGAGAGGGGGGGAGAGAGAGAGGAAGGGAAUCGUAGAGAGGGGGGGAGAGGGGAGAGAGGAAGAGGAACGAGAGAGGGAGAGAGAGAGAGAGGAAGGGAAUGAGAGAGGGGAGAGGGAGAGAAGGGAGAUGGAAAGAAAGGGGGGGAGAGAGAGAGAGAGGAAGGGAAUCGUAGAGAGGGGGGAGAGAGAGGAAGGGAAUCGUAGAGAGGGGAGGGAGAGAGAGAGGAAGGGAAUCGUAGAGAGGGGGAGAGGAAGGGAAUCGUAGAGAGAGAGAGAGGAAGGGAAUCGUAGAGGGGGGGAGGAGAGAGAGGAAGGGAAUCGUAGAGAGGGGGGGGAGAGAGAGAGGAAGGGAAUCGUUAGAGAGAGGGAGAGAAAGAGGAAGGGAAUCGUAGAGAGGGGGGAGAGAGAGAGAGGAAGGGAAUCGUAGAGAGAAAGAGAGGAAGGGAAUCAUAGAGAGAGAGAGGGAGGAAGGGAAUCGUAGAGAGGGAGAGAGAGAGAGGAAGGGAAUCGUAGAGAGGGGGGGGGAGAGGAAGGGAAUCGUAGAGAGGGGGAGAGAGAGAGAGGAAGGGAAUCGUUAGAGAGGGGGAGGAGAGAGAGAGAGGAAGGGAAUCGUAGAGAGGGGGAGAGAGAGAGAGGAGGAAAAGAGUAACAGAGAAAAAGCCCAAGAAGGAAAGUGAAAAGGAUAAAGGAUGAAGGAUAGCGGUGGGAAGGAGAUCAUGAAAGUAAAGUAGGAAGGGGAGGAAAGGCUGAAGAGAGAGAACAGGAGCAGAGAGAGAGAGGUGUAGUUAGUUUAGAGUUGUGGAUAGCAGUGACAGAAGAGAGAGAGAACAGGAGCAGAGAGAGAGAGAGGUGUAGUUAGUUUAGAGUUGUGGAUAACAGUGACAGAAGAGAGAGAGAACAGGAGCAGAGAGAGAGAGGUGUAGUUAGUUUAGAGUUGUGGAUAACAGUGACAGAAGAGAGAGAGAACAGGAGCAGAGAGAGAGAGGUGUAGUUAGUUUAGAGUUGUAGAUAACAGUGACAGAAGAGAGAGAGAACAGGAGCAGAGAGAGAGGUGUAGUUAGUUUAGAGUUGUGGAUAACAGUGACAGAAGAGAGAGAGAACAGGAGCAGAGAGAGAGAGGUGUAGUUAGUUUAGAGUUGUGGAUAACAGUGACAGAAGAGAGAGAGAACAGGAGCAGAGAGAGAGAGGUGUAGUUAGUUUAGAGUUGUGGAUAACAGUGACAGAAGAGAGAGAGAACAGGAGCAGAGAGAGAGAGAUGUAGUUAGUUUAGAGUUGUGGAUAACAGUGACAGAAGAGAGAGAGAACAGGAGCAGAGAGAGAGAGGUGUAGUUAGUUUAGAGUUGUGGAUAACAGUGACAGAAGAGAGAGAGAACAGGAGCAGAGAGAGAGAGAGAGAGAGAGGUGUAGUUAGUUUAGAGUUGUGGAUAACAGUGACAGAAGAGAGAGAGAACAGGAGCAGAGAGAGAGAGGUGUAGUUAGUUUAGAGUUGUGGAUAACAGUGACAGAAGAGAGAGAGAACAGGAGCAGAGAGAGAGAGGUGUAGUUAGUUUAGAGUUGUGGAUAACAGUGACAGAAGAGAGAGAGAGAGAACAGGAGCAGAGAGAGAGAGGUGUAGUUAGUUUAGAGUUGUGGAUAACAGUGACAGAAGAGAGAGAGAACAGGAGCAGAGAGAGAGAGGUUGUAGUUAGUUUAGAGUUGUGGAUAACAGUGACAGAAGAGAGAGAGAACAGGAGCAGAGAGAGAGAGGUGUAGUUGGUUUAGAGUUGUGGAUAACAGUGACAGAAGAGAGAGAGAACAGGAGCAGAGAGAGAGAGGUGUAUUUAGUUUAGAGUUGUGGAUAACAGUGACAGAAGAGAGAGAGAACAGGAGCAGAGAGAGAGAGGUGUAGUUAGUUUAGAGUUGUGGAUAACAGUGACAGAAGAGAGAGAGAGAGAACAGGAGCAGAGAGAGAGAGAGGUGUAGUUAGUUUAGAGUUGUGGAUAACAGUGACAGAAGAGAGAGAGAACAGGAGCAGAGAGAGAGAGGUGUAGUUAGUUUAGAGUUGUGGAUAACAGUGACAGAAGAGAGAGAGAACAGGAGCAGAGAGAGAGAGGUGUAGUUAGUUUAGAUAGUUGUGGAUAAGGUCACACUGAUAUCUCUCAGAGCUAUAUUUGAGCUCAAGGUUACUCAUGGUGGCACAAACACACACACACACACACACACACACACACACACCACACACACACACACACACACACACACACACACAACAUCCAUUAACACACACUUGAGGAAGGAAUGCCCAGCAGCAGAUAAGAACACAGACAAUCCAGGAAAAUACUGUGGGAAACACAGGCCUCCUAUAGUCUAUAAUCCAGGCCUCCUAUAUUGUAUAACCCAGGCCUCCUAUAGUCUAUAACCCAGGCCUCCUAUAGUCUAUAACCCAGGCCUCCUAUAGUCUAUAACCCAGGCCUCCUAUAGUCUAUAACCCAGGCCUCCUAUAUUAUAUAACCCAGGCCUCCUAUAGGUCUAUAACCCAGGGCCUCCUAUAUGUAUAACCCAGGCCUCCUAUAUUGUAUAAACCCAGGCCUCCUUAUUGUAUAACCCAGGCCUCCUAUAGUCUAUAAUCCAGGCCUCUAUAUUGGUAUAACCCAGGCCUCCUAUAGUCUAUAACCCCAGGCCUCCUAUAGUCUAUAACCCAGGCCUCCUAUAGUCUAUAAUCCAGGCCUCCUAUAGUCUAUAACCCAGGCCUCCUAUAGUCUAUAACCCAGGCCUCCUAUAGUCUAUAACCCAGGCCUCCUAUAGUCUAUAACCCAGGCCUCCUAUAGUCUAUAACCCAGGCCUCCUAUAGUCUAUAACCCAGGCCUCCUAUAGUCUAUAACCCAGGCCUCCUAUAGUCUAUAACCCAGGCCUCCUAUAGUCUAUAACCCAGGCCUCCUAUAUUAUAUAACCCAGGCCUCCUUAUAGUAUCUAUAACCCAGGCCUCCUCUAGUUGCCUAUAACCCAGGCCUCCUAUAGUCUAAACCCAGGCCUUCCUAUAGUCUAUAACCCCAGGCCUCCUAUCUUAUAUAACCCAGGCCUCCUAUAGUCUAUAACCCAGGCUCCCUAUAUUUAUAACUCAGGCCUCCUAUAGUCUAUAACCCAGGCCUCCUAUAGUCUAUAACCCAGGCCUCCUAUAUUAUAUAACCCAGGCCUCCUAUAGUCUAUAACCCAGGCCUCCUAUAGUCUAUAACCCAGGCCUCCUAUAGUCUAUAACCCAGGCCUCCUAUAGUCUAUAACCCAGGCCUCCUAUAUUAUAUAACCCAGGCCUCCUAUAGUCUAUAGCCAGGCCUCCUAUAUUAUAUAACUCAGGCCUCCUAUAGUCUAUAACCCAGGCCUCCUAUAGUCUAUAAUCCAGGCCUCCUAUAUUAUAUAACUCAGGCCUCCUAUAUUGUAUAACCCAGGCCUCCUAUAGUCUAUAACCCAGGCCUCCUAUAUUAUAUAACCCAGGCCUCCUAUAUUGUAUAACCCAGGCCUCCUAUAUUGUAUAACCCAGGCCUCCUAUAGUCUAUAACCCAGGCCUCCUAUAUUGUAUAACCCAGGCCUCCUAUAGUCUAUAACCCAGGCCUCCUAUAUUAUAACCCAGGCCUCCUAUAGUUAUAACCCAGGCCUCCUAUAUUGUAUAACCCAGGCCUCCUAUAGUCUAUAACCCAGGCCUUCUUAUUGAUAACCAGGCCUCCUAUAUACUAUAACGGCCUCCUAUAUUAAAACCCAGGCCUCCUAUAGUCUAUAACCCAGGCCUCCUAUAGUCUAUAACCCAGGCCUCCUAUAGUCUAUAACCCAGGCCUCCUAUAUUAUAUAACCCAGGCCUCCUAUAUUAUAUAACCCAGGCCUCCUAUAUUAUAUAACCCAGGCCUCCUAUAUUAUAUAACCCAGGCCUCCUAUAGUCUAUAACCCAGGCCUCCUAAUAGUCUAUAACCCGGCAUAUGGCAGUUCCUCUGAGAUUACCAGUAUGUCUGCAAGUCCUCUGAAGGAUACCAGCAUGUCUGCAGUCCUCUGAGAUACCAGUAUGUCUGCAGUCCUCUGAGAUACCAGCAUGUCUGCAGUCAUCUGAGAUACCAGUAUGUCUGCAGUCCUCUGAGAUACCAGCAUGUCUGCAGUCCUCUGAGAUACCAGCAUGUCUGCAGUCCUCUGAGAUACCAGCAUGUCUGCAGUCCUCUGAGAUACCAGUAUGUCUGCAGUCCUCUGAGAUACCAGCAUGUCUGCAGUCCUCUGAGAUACCAGCAUGUCUGCAGUCCUCUGAGAUACCAGCAUGUCUGCAGUCCUCUGAGAUACCAGCAUGUCUGCAGUCCUCUGAGAUACCAGCAUGUCUGCAGUCCUCUGAGAUACCAGCAUGUCUGCAGUCCUCUGAGACACCAGCAUGUCUGCAGUCCUCUGAGAUACCAGCAUGUCUGCAGUCCUCUGAGAUACCAGCAUGUCUGCAGUCCUCUGAGAUACCAGCAUGUCUGCAGUCCUCUGAGAUACCAGCAUGUCUGCAGUCCUCUGAGAUACCAGCAUGUCUGCAGUCCUCUGAGAUACCAGCAUGUCUGCAGUCCUCUGAGAUACCAGCAUGUCUGCAGUCCUCUGAGAUACCAGUAUGUCUGCAGUCCUCUGAGAUACCAGUAUGUCUGCAGUCCUCUGAGAUACCAGUAUGUCUGCAGUCCUCUGAGAUACCAGUAUGUCUGCAGUCCUCUGAGAUACCAGUAUGUCUGCAGUCCUCUGAGAUACCAGUAUGUCUGCAGGCUAACAUGCUUGUAUAUGAUGAUAUCAUAAAACAUAUUGAGUCAUUGUGUGUGUGUUGUUCUCCAUGCAGAGCCCAGGGCCAGUGGUGGUGGUGAGGUCUUAUCUACCAGUGGUGCUCUGUCCCAGGAUCAGCCCCAGGGAGGAUCAGGAGGAGGUGUGGAGGCUUUGAGGCCCUCUCUAGGGGGGUUGUUCGCUGGGGGGUUCCCCACCCUCAGACCUGCUGGACAGAGAGCCUACACAGGGAAGAACGUGGGUAGGUCAGGAUGACAGGAUGGAUAUACUGUCUUCUAUCUGGUGUGUUGCUUUUCUCUCUCUCUCUCUCUCUCUCUCUCUCUCUCUCUCUCUCUCUCUCUCUCUCUCUCUCUCUCUCUCUCUCUCUCUCUCUCUCUCUCUCUCUCUCUCUCUUUCCACAUCUGUCAUAAGCAAACAAGGUUGUGUGUGUUGCAGUGUCUGUUUCUAAUAGACAUUGUGUGUGUGUCAGUUUCACGCUCUAGCUCAUCAACGGGACUGAAGCCUCAGUGGAACCCUCCACCGACAUCGUCAGACAGUGACCACACCCCCGAGCCCUCCCAUAGGCCGACAGAGAGAGGAAGCCCCUCCCACCACCCUGCCCACUCAGCCUCCGCCCCUCCCUCCCCCUCUCACAGCAAACCUCCCCUGUCCAUCACUGCCCCCACCAUCACUCAUCCUCCCCCUCCUCCCUCCUUCCACGAGCGUCCCAGCAGCAGGCCUCCCCCCCAUCCCUACAGGACCUCCCCCUCCUCCCCCUACCCAAGUCACCAAGCCUACCUGGCUCCCCAUCCAGCACCCUCACCCCUUACCCCAGCCCUCCACCCCUCCUCCCCCACCCCCUCCUCCCUCCACGCCCCCCUCCUCCCUCCCCAACCGGAACUCUGGUUUCUUCUACCCCCCUCCUCCCUCCCCUGUCCUCUCCUCCUCCCUCCCCCCCUCCUCCCUCCCCUGUCCUCUCCUCCUCCUCCUCCUCUUCCUCUGAAUUGAGGUUCUCUAUCCCCAGUCCCCACAGCCCUCCUCCUCCUCCACCCCUCCCCGCCUCAUUCACCCCCAGCUGCCCCUCCUCUCUGCCCCCUCCAUCACCCAAGAUGCCCCCUGUGCCGUCCCCUGCCAUGCGGCCCCCGGUGCCCCCUCUACCCCCCUCCUACCCCUGCACUGCACCCAGUCGCCGACCACCAGCUGUGCCCAGGAGUGCAGGUAUAUGGGGAAUCUAGAGGAGAGUGUUACAUCACAGUAUGAAGUCCCUCCAGGAUUUCGCUGGAGGCCUCUUUUUGUACUGCGACGGGUCAGUUUUAUGCGAUAACGUUGAGAUGAUUUGACUGUUUUAUACGGUGAUUGGUCAAAUUUGCAAGCUCUCGCAUUAUACGCAGGUAAUCGGUGAUAAGAAUAAAAUGCAAUCGCGGAAUCCUAGAGGGAUUGAUUACUGUGUCAUGCAUCUGACUGUUAAUGAUUCAGUGGUUUAAUUGUAUCAGUCCCUAUGAAAUACACUGUUCAAUAGAUUGUCUAUCCUGACUUGAGUUUAGUUCCAAUUACAUCACAUUCAUCUGGCUACACAGACUAGAUCAUACUAACAUACUGUAUACUACAUACUUAUUGAGUAUAUACUACAUACUAUAUACUAUUAGUUAAUUUUAGUAUACUGUAAACGAACGGUAUCGUUUCAGUUGAGCGUACUAGAGCGUUGCCUGUCUACCGGAAGUUGAUGCUGUUGCUAUGCAACCUCUUGCUAGCUUUUUUAGCAUAACAAAUUACUAGCUAAACAUUUUACGAUUUCGGGGUGUGUUCGUAAAUUCAAUUUGGAGUGUCAGAGUGCGCUCUGGGCGUUCGUAAAUUCAGAGCGUUUCGAUCUCGGAGCGCACACUGGACGCUCUGUCCGAGGAGUAAGGUUGAUCCGAGCGUUCAAUGGCAGUUAAGCACCCAAGCUAACUGGCUAACAUUUGGCUAGCUACUUCCAGACACAAAUGCGAGAACACCUCACUCCAUUUUACUUGCUUUAGCAGAGCUGGUUAGGCUGUUUUCAUGUUAUCCACAGCUGUGCUGCUGGCAACAAUUUAAUUACGCAUUUUUUUUGCCAAAGUUUACUGACACCGGCCAUAUUCAACGGGUGUUGAGCGAUCGUAAAUUAAUCAGUUAUUCUGCCAGAAUUAACAACGUCCAUUGAAACGCACAACACUUAGCUAAGAAUGAUGUGAAUAAUCAAGUCAAUAAACAUUGGGUAGUUAGUUAGAUAGCAGAUAGUUCAUAUACUGCCUGGCAAGUUCGAUGUAUUAGUAGCCAACUAACGUUAGGUAGCUAGCUAACAUACCGGUACAUACUGCUGUAAUGCUAUGCGGUUCGUAAGGAUAGCGUAGCUAACAAAUUAUCAGCCAACAUAACGUGUAGCCAACAAACUUAUCUGAAAAGUCAUUACUUUAUUACAUUGCUCAACAUUUUCUUAACAUUUGUCAUAAUUAGUUAAAGCGAUGAAUUUGUAUCCGCUCUCGUCGGACUAAGGCUGCAUAUUUUCCACCAAUUUCUUCUAAUCUGAAACGUUGUGAAGCCACGCCCAUUUUCUGAAGAAUUGCAUUAUGGGCCCUAAAAGCACGGAAAUAGUGUCCACUGCUUGUAUACUUCAUAUUUUGGCAAAUUUAGUACGACAUCCGGGAACUUUUGGCAUACUAACUAUAUCCAUACUAUGACCAAUAAGCAUACUACAUACUCAAUUCAAGUCAUAAAUAGUACGGUUAGUGCGGUUAGUAUGAGUAUUCGAACACAGCUAUAGACUACAACACUGACAGAAAACUCUCUUUGUGAGGUUUCUUGACAUUGUCUGUUUUCUUUCCCAACAGGUGUGGGGAGGUCGUUGGCCCCUCCCCCUGUCCCUCCGGCCCGCUCCCCGUCCACUGAGCUGACCAACCGGAUCCCUCCCCCUCAUCCUCCUCCCCUCCCCCCACCCUCCUUAAUGAGGAAUGGACACAGCCCUCCUCCUCCCCUCCCACCACCCUCCUUAAUGAGGAAUGGACACAGCCCUCCUCCUCCUCUCCCCCCACCCUCCUUAAUGAGGAAUGGACACAGCCUAAGCCUGCAUAGCCUGGGUGAGAGCCUCGAGUCCAAUUCUGAUUCUCCUUCUUCGUUCAAUCGCUCCCUUCACUCGUUCAAUGCCUCGCCAAAACUUUGGCAAUCAUGACAAAGUCAUUUUUUCCUAGCCACUGAGCUUCUGCCUCUGCAUUGCUUGCUCUUUAGGCUUUUGGGCUGGGUGUCAGCGACGCACUUUGUGACAACUGCUAAAGUAAAACGGGUUUUAUAACAGUUGGUUGAAGUUGAGUGGAGAUUGCUAUAAAUUGUGGGGGUUUAAAGUUGUAGAGUCUACAUUAUGAAAUGUAAGUGGUUUUAAUAGCAGUGCACUCUGUGCCCACUGCACGUUGUGUAACACACACUGUCUUUUCUCACUGUGUUAAUCUGUCUCAUUGUUAGUGGUGUCUUUUCUCACUGUGUUAAUCUGUCUCAUUGUUAGUGGUGUCUUUUCUCAGUGUGUUAAUCUGUCUCUGUGUUAGUGGUGUCUUUUCUCAGUGUGUUAAUCUGUCUCUGUGUUAGUGGUGUCUUUUCUCAGUGUGUUAAUCUGUCUCUGUGUUAGUGGUGUCUUUUCUCAGUGUGUUAAUCUGUCUCUGUGUUAGUGGUGUCUUUUCUCACUGUGUUAAUCUGUCUCUGUGUUAGUGGUGUCUUUUCUCACUGUGUUAAUCUGUCUCAUUGUUAGUGGUGUCUUUUCUCACUGUGUUAAUCUGUCUCAUUGUUAGUGGUGUCUUUUCUCAGUGUGUUAAUCUGUCUCACUGUUAGUGGUGUCUUUUCUCAGUGUGUUAAUCUGUCUCUUUGUUAGUGGUGUCUUUUCUCAGUGUGUUAAUCUGUCUCAUUGUUAGUGGUGUCUUUUCUCACUGUGUUAAUCUGUCUCAUUGUUAGUGGUGUCUUUUCUCAGUGUGUUAAUCUGUCUCAUUGUUAGUGGUGUCUUUUCUCAGUGUGUUAAUCUGUCUCAUUGUUAGUGGUGUCUUUUCUCAGUGUGUGUUAAUCUGUCUCAUUGUUAGUGGUGUCUUUUCUCAGUGUGUUAAUCUGUCUCAUUGUUAGUGGUGUCUUUUCUCAGUGUGUUAAUCGGUCUCUGUGGUAUUCAUGUCUUUUCUCACUGUGUUAAUCUGUCUCAUUGUUAGUGGUGUCUUUUCUCAGUGUGUUAAUCUGUCUCUUUGUUAGUGGUGUUUUUUCUCACUGUGUUAAUCUGUCUGUGUGUUAGUGGUGUUUUUUCUCAGUGUGUUAACCUGUCUCUGUGUUAGUGGUGUCUUUUCUCAGUGUGUUAAUCUGUCUCAUUGUUAGUGAUGUCUUUUCUCACUGUGUUAAUCUGUCUCUUUGUUAGUGGUGUCUUUUCUCAGUGUGUUAAUCUGUCUCAUUGUUAGUGGUGUCUUUUCUCACUGUGUUAAUCUGUCUCAUUGUUAGUGGUGUCUUUUCUCAGUGUGUUAAUCUGUCUCAUUGUUAGUGGUGUCUUUUCUCAGUGUGUUAAUCUGUCUCAUUGUUAGUGGUGUCUUUUCUCAGUGUGUGUUAAUCUGUCUCAUUGUUAGUGGUGUCUUUUCUCAGUGUGUUAAUCUGUCUCAUUGUUAGUGGUGUCUUUUCUCAGUGUGUUAAUCUGUCUCUGUGGUAUUCAUGUCUUUUCUCACUGUGUUAAUCUGUCUCAUUGUUAGUGGUGUCUUUUCUCAGUGUGUUAAUCUGUCUCUUUGUUAGUGGUGUUUUUUCUCACUGUGUUAAUCUGUCUCAUUGUUAGUGGUGUCUUUUCUCAGUGUGUUAAUCUGACUCAUUGUUAGUGGUGUCUUUUCUCAGUGUGUUAAUCUGUCUCAUUGUUAGUGAUGUCUUUUCUCACUGUGUUAAUCUGUCUCAUGUUAGUGGUGUCUUUUCUCAGUGUGUUAAUCUGUCUCAUUGUUAGUGGUGUCUUUUCUCAGUGUGUUAAUCUGUCUCAUUGUUAGUGGUGUCUUUUCUCAGUGUGUUAAUCUGUCUCUUUGUUAGUGGUGUCUUUUCUCACUGUGUUAAUCUGUCUCAUUGUUAGUGGUGUCUUUUCUCAGUGUGUUAAUCUGUCUCAUUGUUAGUGGUGUCUUUUCUCAGUGUGUUAAUCUGUCUCUGUGUUAGUGGUGUCUUUUCUCAGUGUGUUAAUCUGUCUCUUUGUUAGUGGUGUCUUUUCUCACUGUGUUAAUCUGUCUCAUUGUUAGUGAUGUCUUUUCUCACUGUGUUAAUCUGUCUCAUUGUUAGUGGUGUCUUUUCUCAGUGUGUUAAUCUGUCUCAUUGUUAGUGGUGUCUUUUCUCAGUGUGUUAAUCUGUCUCAUUGUUAGUGGUGUCUUUUCUCAGUGUGUUAAUCUGUCUCUUUGUUAGUGGUGUCUUUUCUCAGUGUGUUAAUCUGUCUCUGUGUUAGUGGUGUCUUUUCUCAGUAUGUUAAUCUGUCUCAUUGUUAGUGGUGUCUUUUCUCAGUGUGUUAAUCUGUCUCAUUGUUAGUGUUGUCUUUUCUCAGUGUGUUAAUCUGUCUCAUUGUUAGUGGUGUCUUUUCUCAGUGUGUUAAUCUGUCUCAUUGUUAGUGGUGUCUUUUCUCAGUGUGUUAAUCUGUCUCUGUGGUAUUCAUGUCUUUUCUCACUGUGUUAAUCUGUCUCAUUGUUAGUGGUGUCUUUUCUCAGUGUGUUAAUCUGUCUCUUUGUUAGUGGUGUUUUUUCUCACUGUGUUAAUCUGUCUCAUUGUUAGUGGUGUCUUUUCUCAGUGUGUUAAUCUGACUCAUUGUUAGUGGUGUCUUUUCUCAGUGUGUUAAUCUGUCUCAUUGUUAGUGAUGUCUUUUCUCACUGUGUUAAUCUGUCUCAUUGUUAGUGGUGUCUUUUCUCAGUGUGUUAAUCUGUCUCAUUGUUAGUGGUGUCUUUUCUCAGUGUGUUAAUCUGUCUCAUUGUUAGUGGUGUCUUUUCUCAGUGUGUUAAUCUGUCUCUUUGUUAGUGGUGUCUUUUCUCACUGUGUUAAUCUGUCUCAUUGUUAGUGGUGUCUUUUCUCAGUGUGUUAAUCUGUCUCAUUGUUAGUGAUGUCUUUUCUCACUGUGUUAAUCUGUCUCAUUGUUAGUGGUGUCUUUUCUCAGUGUGUUAAUCUGUCUCAUUGUUAGUGGUGUCUUUUCUCACUGUGUUAAUCUGUCUGUGUGUUAGUGGUGUUUUUUCUCAGUGUGUUAAUCUGUCUCUGUGUUAGUGGUGUUUUUUCUCAGUGUGUUAAUCUGUCUCUGUGUUAGUGGUGUCUUUUCUCAGUGUGUUAAUCUGUCUCAUUGUUAGUGGUGUCUUUUCUCAGUGUGUUAAUCUGUCUUUUUGUUAGUGGUGUCUUUUCUCACUGUGUUAAUCUGUCUCAUUGUUAGUGGUGUCUUUUCUCAGUGUGUUAAUCUGUCUCAUUGUUAGUGAUGUCUUUUCUCACUGUGUUAAUCUGUCUCAUUGUUAGUGGUGUCUUUUCUCAGUGUGUUAAUCUGUCUCAUUGUUAGUGGUGUCUUUUCUCACUGUGUUAAUCUGUCUGUGUGUUAGUGGUGUUUUUUCUCAGUGUGUUAAUCUGUCUCUGUGUUAGUGAUGUCUUUUCUCACUGUGUUAAUCUGUCUCAUUGUUAGUGGUGUCUUUUCUCAGUGUGUUAAUCUGUCUCAUUGUUAGUGGUGUCUUUUCUCAGUGUGUUAAUCUGUCUCUGUGUUAGUGGUGUUUUUUCUCAGUAUGUUAAUCUGUCUCAUUGUUAGUGGUGUCUUUUCUCAGUGUGUUAAUCUGUCUCAUUGUUAGUGGUGUCUUUUCUCAGUGUGUUAAUCUGUCUCAUUGUUAGUGGUGUCUUUUCUCAGUGUGUUAAUCUGUCUCAUUGUUAGUGGUGUCUUUUCUCAGUGUGUUAAUCUGUCUCAUUGUUAGUGGUGUCUUUUCUCAGUGUGUUAAUCUGUCUCUGUGGUAUUCAUGUCUUUUCUCACUGUGUUAAUCUGUCUCAUUGUUAGUGGUGUCUUUUCUCAGUGUGUUAAUCUGUCUCUUUGUUAGUGGUGUUUUUUCUCACUGUGUUAAUCUGUCUCAUUGUUAGUGGUGUCUUUUCUCAGUGUGUUAAUCUGACUCAUUGUUAGUGGUGUCUUUUCUCAGUGUGUUAAUCUGUCUCAUUGUUAGUGAUGUCUUUUCUCACUGUGUUAAUCUGUCUCAUUGUUAGUGGUGUCUUUUCUCAGUGUGUUAAUCUGUCUCAUUGUUAGUGGUGUCUUUUCUCAGUGUGUUAAUCUGUCUCAUUGUUAGUGGUGUCUUUUCUCAGUGUGUUAAUCUGUCUCUUUGUUAGUGGUGUCUUUUCUCACUGUGUUAAUCUGUCUCAUUGUUAGUGGUGUCUUUUCUCAGUGUGUUAAUCUGUCUCAUUGUUAGUGAUGUCUUUUCUCACUGUGUUAAUCUGUCUCAUUGUUAGUGGUGUCUUUUCUCAGUGUGUUAAUCUGUCUCAUUGUUAGUGGUGUCUUUUCUCACUGUGUUAAUCUGUCUGUGUGUUAGUGGUGUUUUUUCUCAGUGUGUUAAUCUGUCUCUGUGUUAGUGGUGUUUUUUCUCAGUGUGUUAAUCUGUCUCUGUGUUAGUGGUGUCUUUUCUCAGUGUGUUAAUUUGUCUCAUUGUUAGUGGUGUCUUUUCUCAGUGUGUUAAUCUGUCUUUUUGUUAGUGGUGUCUUUUCUCACUGUGUUAAUCUGUCUCAUUGUUAGUGGUGUCUUUUCUCAGUGUGUUAAUCUGUCUCAUUGUUAGUGAUGUCUUUUCUCACUGUGUUAAUCUGUCUCAUUGUUAGUGGUGUCUUUUCUCAGUGUGUUAAUCUGUCUCAUUGUUAGUGGUGUCUUUUCUCACUGUGUUAAUCUGUCUGUGUGUUAGUGGUGUUUUUUCUCAGUGUGUUAAUCUGUCUCUGUGUUAGUGAUGUCUUUUCUCACUGUGUUAAUCUGUCUCAUUGUUAGUGGUGUCUUUUCUCAGUGUGUUAAUCUGUCUCAUUGUUAGUGGUGUCUUUUCUCAGUGUGUUAAUCUGUCUCUGUGUUAGUGGUGUUUUUUCUCAGUGUGUUAAUCUGUCUCUCCCUCUCUGGUCUUUCAGAUGACUUUGAGUCUAAAUUUCAUUUCCACCCAAUAGAAGAUUUUCCCCCUCCAGAGGAGUUCAGGCCCUUUCCACGCAUCUACCCCAGCAGAGAGAACCGAGGAGGUGGGGGCACGAAGUGUUUCCUUGUGUGUGUGUGUGUGUGUGUGUGUGUGUGUGUGUGUGUGUGUUUGUAUGUUUGUACACUACCGGUCAAAAGUUUUAGAACACCUACUCAUUCAAGGUUUAUUUUUUAUUUUUACUAUUUUCUACAUUGUAGAAUAAUAGUGAAGACAUCAAAACUAUGAAAUAACACAUAUGGAAUCAUGUAGUAACCCAAAAAGUGUUAAACAAAUCAAAAUUUAAGUUAUAUUUGAGAUUCUUCAAAUAGCCACCCUUUGCCUUGAUGACAGCUUUGCACACUCUUGGCAUUCUCUCAACCAGCUUCACCUGGAAUGCUUUUCCAACAGUCUGUGUGUGUGUGUGUGUGUGUGUGUAUGUAUGGAAAUGUUUGUGUGUGUGUGUAUAUGGAAAUGUUUGUGUGUGUGUAUGUAUGGAAAUGUUUGUGUGAGUGUGUGUGUGUGUGUGUGUGUGUGUGUGUAUGGAAAUGUUUCUGUGUGUAUGGAAAUGUUUCUGUGUGUGUAUGUGUGUGUGUGUGUGUGUGUGUGUGUGUAUGGAAAUGUUUCUGUGUGUGUGUGUGUAUGGAAAUGUUUCUGUGUGUAUGGAAAUGUUUCUGUGUGUAUGUGUGUGUGUGUGUGUGUGUGUGUGUGUGUGUAUGGAAAUGUUUCUGUGUGUGUGUGUGUGUAUGGAAAUGUUUCUGUGUGUAUGGAAAUGUUUCUGUGUGUGUGUGUAUGGAAAUGUUUCUGUGUGUAUGGAAAUGUUUCUGUGUGUGUGUGUGUGUGUGUGUGUAUGUGUGUGUAACAUUCGGAGAGUGCGACCCUGCCUUACACAGGAAGCGGCGCAGGUCCUGGUCCAGGCACUUGUCAUCUCCCGUCUGGACUACUGCAACUCGCUGUUGGCUGGGCUCCCUGCCUGUGCCAUUAAACCCCUACAACUCAUCCAGAAUGCCGCAGCCCGUCUGGUGUUCAACCUUCCCAAGUUCUCUCACGUCACCCCCCUCCUCCGCACACUCCACUGGCUUCCAAUUGAAGCUCGCAUCCGCUACAAGACCAUGGUGCUUGCCUUUGGAGCAGUGAGGGGAACGGCACCCCUGUACCUUCAGGCUCUGAUCAGUCCCUACACCCAAACGAGGACAUUGCGUUCAUCCACCUCUGGCCUGCUGGCUCCCCUUCCUCUGCGGAAGCACAGCUCCCGCUCAGCCCAGUCAAAACUGUUCGCUGCUCUGGCACCCCAAUGGUGGAACAAGCUCCCUCACGACGCCAGGACAGCGGAGUCACUCACCACCUUCCGGAGACAUUUGAAACCCCACCUCUUUAAGGAAUACCUGGGAUAGGCUAAAGUAUUCCUUCUAACCCCCCCCCCCCCCCCCCCAAAUUGUAAAGUGGUUAUCCCACUGGCUAUAGGGUGAACGCACCAAUUUGUGAGUCGCUCUGGCUAAGAGCGUCUGCUAAAUGACGUUAAUGUGCCCUUGAGCAAGGCACUUAACCCUAAUUGCUCCUGUAAGUCGCUCUGGUUAAGAGCGUCUGCUAAAUGACUAAAAUGUAAAUGUAAUGUAAAUGAUGUGUGUGUGUGUGUGUGUGUGUGUGUGUAUGGAAAUGUUUCUGUGUGUAUGGAAAUGUUUCUGUGUGUAUGUGUGUGUGUGUGUGUGUGUGUAUGGAAAUGUUUCUGUGUGUGUGUGUGUAUGGAAAUGUUUCUGUGUGUGUGUGUGUGUGUGUGUAUGGAAAUGUUUCUGUGUGUGUGUGUGUAUGGAAAUGUUUCUGUGUGUAUGGAAAUGUUUCUGUGUGUGUAUGGAAAUGUUUCUGUGUGUAUGGAAAUGUUUCUGUGGUGUGUGUGUGUAUGGAAAUGUUUCUGUGUGUAUGGAAAUGUUUCUGUGUGUGUGUGUGUGUGUGUGUGUAUGGAAAUGUUUCUGUGUGUGUGUGUGUAUGGAAAUGUUUCUGUGUGUAUGGAAAUGUUUCUGUGUGUGUGUGUGUGUGUGUGUGUGUGUGUGUGUAUGGAAAUGUUUCUCUGUGUGUGUGUGUGUGUAUGGAAAUGUUUCUGUGUGUGUGUGUGUAUGGAAAUGUUUCUCUGUGUGUGUGUGUGUGUGUAUGGAAAUGAUUCUGUGUGUGUGUGUAUGGAAAUGUUUCUGUGUGUAUGGAAAUGUUUUUGUGUGUGGUGUGUGUGUGUGUGUGUGUAUGGAAAUGUUUCUCUGUGUGGGGUGUGUGUGUGUGUGUAUGGAAAUGUUUCUUGUGUGUGUGUGGUAUGGAAAUGUUUCUCUGUGUGGUGUGUGUUGUGUGUGUGUAUGGAAAUGUUUCUGUGUGUGUGUGUGUGUGUGUGUGUGUAUGGAAAUGUUUCUCUGUGUGUGUGUGUGUGUGUGUGUGUGUAUGGAAAUGUUUCUGUGUGUGUGUGUGUGUGUGUGUAUGGAAAUGUUUCUGUGUGUGUGUGUGUGGUGUGUGUGUGUGUGUGUGUGUGUGUGUGUGGUGUGUGUGUGUGUGUGUAUGGAAAUGUUUCUGUGUGUGUGUAUGUAUCAGCAUGCUCUUGUCUUCAUUUUUCUAUUUAUCUGAUGUAGUUCCUUUUCUCCAUCCUCUCCUCUCUUCUCCCCCCAGGGAUCAGGACACAGCUACGGUGAUGCAGUGAGACAACACAGCCUCUUCAUUCUACAUUAUCCUCUUCCUCUGUCCCCAGGGGCCAUGCUCAUGGACAGAUAA